CGUCCGAUCUGCGGGAAACGACGAGUCACGAGAUAAUCGAAAGCGUCUUCCAAUGCGCCCCACAAAAUACGUUUCCUCAAAUAGAACACGUAACACUGUACACUACGUCUGCCCCAUCCCCCUGGCCGCCGCCAGUAGAGAUGACGCUCUUCUGCUGCGGCGCCGCCAGCCGCGGUUUCCUCCUCCCUCGCCUCCACCUCGGCCGACGCCAACCCAUCCUCAACAUUCGCACCACCACGACCGUCGCCUCUGCCACCGCCGCCUCCCUCGCCACCGCUUCCCUCUCGCCGCCGCAGCAGCGCCAGGUCGCCCAGUACGUGGACGCCCUCCUCGAUUGGAACCAGAGGAUGAACCUCACACCGACGAGGCCGAGGUCAUGACGCGCCACGUGGCGGACUCGUUCGCCAUGCUGCCCCCGCUGGAGCGCGCGUACCGCGCCCGUUCCGCCCCCGGCGGUGGCGGCAUCGACGGAGUCAACCUUAUCGACGUCGGCUCGGGCGCCGGGCUCCCGGGCCUCAUCCUUGCCGUUGCGCGGCCAAGCUGGAGAUUUACACUACUGGAGUCUAUGCGGAAACGAUGCACGUUCUUGGAGCAUGCCGUUGAGGUCAUGGGGUUGUCAAAUAAUGUUGGCCAAAGUCUUGAUUUCAGAGAAGCAUAUGAUAUAGCAGCUGCAAGAGCUGUUGCAGAAUUGGAAGUUUUAGCGGAGUACUGCCUCCCAUUGAUUCGUGUUGGUGGAUUAUUCAUAGCUGCAAAAGGACAUGAUCCUCAUAAACAACAUUUGCACACGAUGACAUCAAGCAUAUGCAUAGAUAUUGCUUACAUCAAUGCAUCUGAGUGA